CACCACAACCUCAAAGCGAAAUAGCAAAUUAUACACAUCAGAACCUCAUACAAAAAACAACAGAUUCUACUCUAAUACAGCAAAAAUGGUGUUCUCCAAGGUCGCAAACAGGGAGGAGCCAGUAUAUGAUGCAACACGCCCAUUCCCAGCUCUCGAAGUCCUAUACCACUAUAAAGUCCUCAGCGCCCCAGGCAAUUCCGUGCUGGCACUCAAAGUCACUUUCCCCCCAGGAGGGUCCACGCCACCUCAUACCCAUGCAGGCGCAUUCGUUGCAGUUCACGUGUUGACCGGAUCUGUCCUAAACAAGAUGAACGAUGAUCCCAUGACAAUUAAGAAUGCUGGCGAUAGCUUCUACGAGGCUCCUGGCUGCAGACACCGCAUCAGCGAUAACGCCUCGGAGACGGAGGAGGCCGUCAUCAUCGCCACGCUUAUGCUGAGUACCGAGAAGAUGGACGAGAUUGUCAACAAGGAAGGAGCAGCCGGACUGGUCGUCAUUGAUGAAGAGUAUCGCGAGGCAGUCGGCGCGCAGAUGAAAAAGCUUCAGGCGCAACAGGGAGCGAAGUGAACCAGGUUUAUCGCUAGAGAUGGGAGAAAGUUGUAAAGAUCAGUCUCAGGACGCAAUGUCUAAUUCCUCCAUAUUGGUGAC